ACUGGCUGGCUCACUUGCAGGUUUUGUUUACUGGCGGAGGAGAGGCAGAGAAGGGGAUCCUAGGGGCCCUGGGACUGAACAACCUACUUCCAACGUGGGGAAAUACGUUUUCAACUUUUGAUAUUAUCGUUGUGCAAUAAACGUGUCGUUAAUUUGGAGGAAAACCCUUCACGUGAAAUCACUGAAAUGCGCUUAAUCCUGAGCAGUGGGAGCAACUGACGAAUGAUUAACGAAGUCUGACAGUUGUCUUGAGUGGAGUUGAAAUCUCUGCAUUGACUGAAUCAAGCGUGGAAUUAGUUUUUGUUUUCAUAAACGGACCAUAUUAUUUGAUUACCUAUGUAAAGUACUUGGUAAUCGCUAUUAGUUUGCGUUUAUUCUAGUCGAGUUUGAAAUAGGUAGGCUAUGUGAAAAACUAAACGUGAAACGCUGCGUCUCGUGCGUUGGUUCGGUUUACUACGCCACGCGUGUCAUGAACCUGGACUUGUCAGAAGCGAAGCAAACCUUUGCUACAGAUUUCGUGACUGAGACGGGAGACACCGUUACACUUUACUAGCUGUGGGUUGGCUUCUUUCAAUGCAAAGGAAUACUACAUUUCCGAAGUACAUUUGUGGUAAUUUAUAUAUACCGAAUGUUACCGAAAGUUAAUAUCUAGCUAGCUAAUCGCACUAACUUUUUUUGGCCUGCUUCACGGCCAGCUAUCUAACAUUAGCUAGCAGCUAGUUAGCUCUAGCUACUCCCCCUGGCCUGCCCCGACGUUCGAGACUGCGGAUCGAAUCCAGAACACUUGAAAGGAAGACGCAAUGCAAUGCAUUAUACAGGACAAUUAGACUAUUACUUCGUUUGUCCACAAUGAUUCCUACAGUUGAAUUAUUUGUUGCAAUUUUUAAUAUCUACCAGAUCUGUUGUGCAGAUAACUAUUUGAGGCCAACCAGUGAGUUAGCUCGCUAGCUAGCAGUGAACACGUUGGACUCAUCCUUCCAUCCGCCCAUUUUCACGGGAUGCAUGUUUUUAUUUUUGUUUACUUGUGUGUUCUCGUGGUUUAACUAACAGACCAAUUGACAGCGACCACUUGCCAACUAGUUUUAAUCGAGUUGUCGCGGAUUCGUCCCCAGUAACUCUCGACUGUGUCGACGGUUAUUUGACUUCAGUUAAGUCAAUAUGUGGCCGCGGACUUUCCUUGUGUUUUUUGUGACUGCUGUCUUCGUAUGGAAUAUUGAACAAACGAAUGGAGAAACUACAGAAAUGUCCACUGGAAUCUGCUCCAGUAAGGACAUCCGCAACAACGUCACCAACCUGCGCUCCCUGGAGAACUGCACAGUGAUUGAGGGCCACCUGAAGAUCAUCCUGAUGUUCAAGACCAAACCCGAAGACUUCAGAGGCCUCAGUUACCCCAAACUAGCUGUGAUCACUGACUUCCUCCUCCUGUUCAGGGUCUAUGGCAUGGAAAGCCUGAAAGACCUCUUCCCUAAUCUCACCGUAAUAAGAGGCAACAACUUGUUCUUCAACUACGCCCUGGUCUUUUUUGAAAUGUUGCAGCUAAGAGACAUCGGUCUCCACAGCCUGAUGAACAUCACCAGAGGAGCGGUGAGGAUUGAGAAGAACCCAGACCUCUGCUACCUCUCAACUCUGGACUGGUCCAAGAUCUUGGACUCUGUGGAGGACAACUACAUUGUGGCCAAUAAGAACGAGCGGGAGUGUGGUGACGUGUGUCCCGGGGCAGCCAAGGGGAAGACCACCUGCCAACAGACUACCAUCAAUGGCCAGUUCAACGAACGCUGCUGGACACACAAGCACUGCCAGAGAAUGUGCCCACCCAGUUGUAAGCAUCGGGCCUGUACCAAGGACAACCAGUGUUGCCAUGAGUCAUGUCUGGGAGGCUGCUCUGAGCCCCAGAACAGCAGCAGUUGCGUGGCAUGCAAGAACCUCCAGCAUCAGGGUGCCUGCGUGGACCGCUGUCCCCCGGGAUACUACACCUACCGGGGCUGGCGCUGCAUCCCCUUCUCCUUCUGCCAGCACCUCCACAACAAAUGUAUGCAGAGCAAGAGCAGCGACUGCCCGGAGUAUGUCAUCCACAACGGAGCUUGUAUACCUGAGUGUCCCUCCGGAUACACUACAGUUAACUCUACUACGCUGGUUUGUACUCCGUGUGCUGGGCUGUGUCCUAAGGUGUGUAUGGGCCAGAAGAUGGUGGACUCUGUGACUGCAGCCCAGGCUCUGAGAGGAUGCACCGUACUGAACGGCAGCAUGGAAAUCAACCUCAGAGGAGGAAACAACAUAGCAGCAGAGCUGGAGGCUAACCUUGGUCAACUGGAGGAGAUAACCGGCUAUCUAACUGUCCGGCGCUCCUAUGCCCUCGUCUCUCUCUCCUUCCUCCGCAAGCUACGGGUCAUCAGAGGGGCCACACUGAUUGAUGGGGGGUACUCGUUCUACGCGCUGGACAACCAGAACCUGCGACAGCUGUGGGACUGGAACAAACACAACCUGACCAUCCUCCAGGGCCGCAUGUUCUUCCAGCUGAACAUAAAACUGUGCAUGUCGGAGAUCCGCAGGAUGGAGGAGGUGACGGGCACCAAAGACAGACACCCUAAGAACGACAUUGUGUCCAAGACCAAUGGGGAUCAGGCCUCCUGUGAGAACCAGGAGUUAAAGUUCACCCUGGUGCGUGCCACGCAUGACAAGAUCCUGAUCCGUUGGGAACCCUUCUGGCCGCCUGAUUUCAGAGACCUGCUGGGCUUCAUGGUCUUCUACAAGGAAGCGCCCUACGCCAACGUGACAGAGUUUGACGGACAGGAUGCGUGUGGCUCUAACUGGGUGAUAGUUGACCUGGAUCCCCCAGCCCGGGCCACAGAAGGGAAGCCCCAAGUGGAGCCAGGUACCCUGAUCUUGUCCCUGAAGCCCUGGACGCAGUACGCUAUCAUGGUCAAGACCCAGCUCUCUGCCUCUGAUGAACACCAGGUCCUUGGGGCCAAGAGCAAGAUCAUCUACCAUAGGACAGAGGCCACGAAACCUUCUGUGCCCUUGGACCCCAUCUCGUCAUCGAACUCGUCCUCUCAGAUCAUCCUGAAGUGGAAACCCCCCACUGACCCCAAUGGCAACAUCACUCACUACCUGGUGUACUGUCAGCAGCAGCCAGAGGCCAGUGAGCUUUACAAGUUUGACUACUGUCAGAAAGGUAUGAAGCUGCCGUCACGGAUGCCCACCCAGGUUGACAGUGAUGGGGAGGCGAAAUGGAACCAGACGGAGGACGAGGGGCAGGGGGGUCGCUGCUGUGCCUGUCCCAAAACAGAGAAGCAGCUGAAGAAGGAAGCCGAGGACUCAGAGUACCGCAAGACCUUCGAGAACUACAUCCACAACGAGGUCUUCGAGCCCAAACCAAGACAAAGGCGGUCCGCCAUGGGUGUAGCCAAUCAGACUCACCAGUCGUCCCUGACCACGCCCCCCACCCUGCCGGAAGGCUUCGCCACCCGCAGCCCCGGCGACGAAGACGGUAACAAUGUGGAGAGCGCGAAGAUCCGACUGAAGGUGUUCGCCAAAGAGUCAACGGUCAUCUCGGGCCUCCGACACUUCACCUCGUACCAGAUCGACGUGAUGGCCUGCAACGACCCCACGGAUCCCAACCGAUGCAGCAUGGCCGCCUUCGUCUCGGCUCGCACCAUGCCGGAGGACAAAGCGGAUGACAUUGUGGGGCACAUCACCUACGAUGUGUCUGAGUACACUGUCCACAUCAAGUGGCUGGAGCCGAAAGCCCCUAAUGGCAUGAUCAUCCUGUAUGAAGUCAACUACAAGAGACUGGGAGACACAGAGGAGCUGCAUCAUUGUGUCUCGAGGAAGAUGUACCAGCAGUCAAAAGGUUGCAAGCUAAGAGUGGUGCAUCCUGGGAACUACACCGUUAGGAUCCGAGCCACCUCACUCGCAGGGAACGGCUCAUGGACCGAGCCCACGCACUUCUAUGUUCAGGACCUACGGGUGGACCCAUCCAACUUGGUUAAGAUUAUCAUUGGUCCGGUCAUCUUUAUUGUUCUGCUGAUAGUGGUUGCAUCGGGAGUAUUCGUGGUGCUCAAGAAGAAACAAACCCAGGGCCCCUCGGGUCCCCUGUACACCUCCUCCAACCCAGAAUACCUCAGUGCUGCCGACAUGUACGAGCCCGACGACUGGGAGGUGGGCAGAGAUAAGAUCAACAUCCUGCGCGAGCUGGGUCAGGGCUCAUUCGGCAUGGUCUACGAAGGCGUCGCCAAAGACAUCGUCAAGGGUGAGCCGGAGACCCGCGUGGCGGUGAAGACCGUGAACGAGUCGGCCAGCCUGAGGGAGAGGAUAGAGUUCCUGAACGAGGCCUCCGUCAUGAAGGGCUUCACCUGUCACCACGUGGUGCGUCUAAUGGGUGUGGUCUCAAAGGGCCAGCCAACUCUUGUCGUCAUGGAGCUGAUGACCCACGGCGACUUGAAGAGCUACCUGCGCUGCCUCCGCCCUGACUCUGAGAAUAACCCUACAGGGCGCCCGCCCCCCACUCUGAGGGAGAUGAUCCAGAUGGCGGCAGAGAUUGCCGACGGCAUGGCCUACCUGAAUGCCAAGAAGUUUGUCCACAGAGACCUUGCUGCCAGAAACUGCAUGGUGGGACAGGACUUCACUGUCAAGAUAGGAGAUUUUGGAAUGACCAGAGACAUCUAUGAGACUGAUUACUACAGGAAGGGAGGGAAGGGUCUGCUUCCUGUCCGCUGGAUGGCUCCUGAGUCUUUAAAGGACGGAGUGUUUACCGCGCACUCAGACUGCUGGUCAUUUGGUGUGGUGUUGUGGGAAAUCAGCACACUGGCGGAGCAGCCCUACCAGGGCCUGUCCAAUGAGCAGGUCCUUAAGUUUGUCAUGGACGGAGGAUAUCUUGACCGACCGGACAACUGUGCUGACCGGCUACACAACCUGAUGUCAAUGUGCUGGCAGUACAACCCCAAGCUGCGUCCCAGCUUCCAGGAGAUCAUUGAGAUGCUUCACGAGGACCUUCACCCGUCCUUCCAGGAGGUCUCCUUCUACUACAGCCAGGAGAACAAGCCUCCGGAACAGGAUGACUUUGACCUAGACAUGGACAUGGAGAGCAUCCCCUUGGACCCGUCCUCCUACUCACAGAGAGGGGACCACAGCUCCUCUUACUCACAGAGAGGGGACCACAGCUCGGAGAGGGGCGAGGCGGGUUCAUCCCUAGGGUUGAGGCAAAAUAGCUACGAGGAACACAUCCCAUACACACACAUGAAUGGGGCAAAGACUAACGGACGAAUACUAGCCCUGCCUCGGUCUAGUCCAUCCUAACAGAACAUUUUCCUUCAUCCCCGACCCUGUACUCACACAGAUGAAUACAUUAAUACAUUUUAGUCAUUCAGCAGAUGCUCUAAUCUGGAGUUAUUUACAGGAGCAAUUAUGGUUGCUCAAGGACAGAACUAUAGAUGUUUUCACUUUGCCGGCUCUGGGAUUCGACCUAGCAACCUUUCAGUAACUGGUGGAUGCUCUAACCGCUAAGGCUACCUGCCGCCCCAAGAUGUAGAUAUAAAUAUAUGAAUAUAUUUUUUUUCUUUAUUUUUUACAGAUGAUCACUUUUAUCACUCUUUCAGAGGCCUCAUCAAAGUGUACAGUACAUAUCUCAGGACGUUGUUGCUUUCUUGUCAAGAUGCCACAUCCUUACACUACAGUAUGUAUGAAUGCAUGUUAAUGUCCACACAGGACACAGUAUCCUUCUCGUGAGAAAGAACCUCCCUCCUUUUGCUACUUGUCCUCUAUCCUUUAAAAGAAUAUUGCCUAGUUUCCACAAAUGGGUGGCAAAUAUUAGGAGUCAACUGUGAAUCUAACUUCGGGACAACCAGAAGGCUGCUAACCCCAGGACUCUCCGGGCUGUCCCUGCCCAGGCCAAGACAUUUCCUGGGAAGCUCAGCCCUCAUGGAGUCUUUGGGUCCCCCCGGGCCAUGGAGGUCCACCUGGGUCGCUCAACGUGAAAGUGCCCUUGUCUUCUAUCUCUGUCCGUGGCCUGCAUCUUAAAUCAUGAAGCUAUUUCUCUGUAUAUUUGUAAUCUCAAGUCGUCAAUGAACUACAGACUUUCUAGACUUGACAGAUGAAUGUGUCAUAUCCAUCUUGGAAUCUUUGAACAAACAUUGUGGAUCCACUAGAGAGCUUCUUGUCAUCUCUGUCCCUACACUCUGCAGUAUUCCAGCAUCACAGAAAAUAAUGAACAGAUUUUGUGGUUAUAUUUUUUAAUUUAUUUACGUUUCAUUUUCUCUGAGUUUUCACAUUUACAGCUGAAGGAUAUUUAAAAAGAAAACGGUUUCAGAAAAACAUAUAGACAAAAAAACUAGCUCCUGAGAUGACAAAUAGCUGCUUCUUUUGGUGUAUUUUAGUGGGUAUAAAAAAUAUAAAUAUAUAUGAAUCUAUUAUUGAUGGGUUUUUUGUACAUAGUUGUUGACAUUCAUUGUAUUUCAUGAGGUAUUUCCGCUGUGUAGAAAAACAUUUUUUUAAAUGUUUGUCCUAUAUGUUUCUUGUUUCUAAUCCAGAAAUCGUACUAAUACUCAUUUGGACUUGUGAUCAACCAGCAGCACUUGGCCUUUUCUCUCUCUCACUCUCUCUCUUCAUAUCAGAUGCACAGUAUGAGUAGGAUGUUGGCUUUGCCCAUUGAUAUCAGAUCAAAUCCAACUGUCUGCUCUAGAUAAAUAAAGCAGCAUGGUGCAACUUGACCACA